GCAUCUAAAAGGUGUUUUCUGGUGAAUAGAGCCUUGUGAUGAGAGUCAUUUGUUAUCUGUGGGCAACGUUGGGGCUGUUGUAAUUUCUGUUCUGAGCGAGGCAAAGCGUCUAAAGUCAGGCGUGCCUGUGUGUUGGUGGAAAUUCAACAGGCUGACCAGAAACAGGAGGCCAUGAUGGGAAACUUGUCAUUCACACGCAAACUCUGUAUUUCUGUUUGCUGGGGUCUUCUGCUGAUGUACACGGCUGCAGAGAGGCAGUACUUCAUUAUUUCCCAAAACUCCAGCUGGGUGCAAGCCAGGAACCACUGCCAGGUCUGCUAUGAGGAGAUGGUGACUCUGACUCCAGAAAACACCCACAUCGUCGCCAGAAUGAUCAACUCCGACCACUGGAUUGGCCUUCGCAAGUAUAUAAACUACAACGGCACCUACAAUGACACCACUGAACCCGACAACUCCACCAACAUCUCACCCAACAUCUCAGAUACACCCUGGACACUGUGGGCCAACGGGGAUCCCCUUGUCUUCCAGAACUGGUACCCUGGCUACCCUGUGUUUAAAUCCCCGCUGCCAAAGAUAGACUGCUGCAGCUGCUCCUGCACCUGCCCGGCACCCAUCCGGACAACAACGAACCCCCCAACAGUAUCCUCUGUCACCAGCCAAAAAAAACCAACAGGACCAAACACCUCUACAGUAAUUUAUGACAAUAUGACAGACUUUACCAGCUUACUAGAGUUUGAAAACGCGACGACAGACACGAUGAACUUCACAAACAAGGCCAAUGUCACCCAGUCCUGGAAAUCCACCGCAGUUUUGAACGUUCACGCCACAGAUUCAUCCUGGACGACUACGCCACAGCUGCCUAUAUUAUCCACAUGCGAACGGUCGCCCAUGUUACCACCCAUCAUACCAGAGAAUAAUAAAAACUACAUCGAAAACUCUUGUGUGGUCAUACUCAGCUUUGGGCCUUGGGUUGAAAAGGUGUGCUCGGAGCAGAAGCCUUUCAUUUGCUACGAAGACCGCUUCAUGGGGAGGGUCAACGUGUCCAACAUCACGUCCUCGUCUGUGUCUCUGCGGUGGGAUCAGGGGCCCGGUGACCUCAGCCAUUAUCGUUUACAGGUGGCUGCUGCUAACUGGAAUUUAACAGUCAAGCUGCAUAAUUUAAACUUUGAACUCAACAACCUCACUGCCGGCACCCGCUACAACAUCCAAGUAUUUCCUGUGAAGUGUAAAAGAGACCUUAACCCGCAGAACAGCUCUUUCUACACCAUACCAGGGGAAGUGGAGAACCUCACUGUGACCAGUUUUACAGAAACAUCCGUCAGUCUGAGCUGGAAGAAGCCAGAUGGGAACUACGACUUCUUCCAAGUUACAGCUAAAUCAUUAUUGGAUCCGCCUGACUCAAUCAUUAUGGACAACAUUAUAAAAGAACACUUAGUGUUUGAUAAGCUGAAACAGGGAAACAACUACAUGUUCAUUUUCAUCACCGGAGUCAAAGACAGGACCAUGUGGAGUCAGGAGAGAAAGACCUUCGCCUGCACCAGACCCGCCAAAGUGACCAAGCUGGAAGCGUUUGGUAAUAGUGACACGUAUCUGCAGCUCAAGUGGACCCCACCAGAGGGAAAAUACAAGAAGUUUACCGUGAAGGUCAAGGAUGGAAAUAUGAGCGACCUGAAUGCUACAGUGAGUCUACUAGAUCCUUCUAAACUGAAUGAAGUGUGUGUGUCAGGCCUGCCAAGAGGCAGUAUGAUUAAGUUUUUUGUGAGCGCGUUCAGCAAUUGUAGCCUGCAAGGAGAGACUGAAAACAUCACAACAUACACUGCUCCUGGACCGAUCUCAAACCUGAGUUUACAUGCAAACGAAAGCUCCAUAACCGCUAGCUGGAGCUUUGAUGCGAAUAACGGAAAUGUUUCAGAGUUUCAAGCCAAACUUUUCUUGAAUGGAUCUUCUGAGCAAAAUAAAAAAACAAAAGAUGAAAAAAAACAAAUAACAUUUGAAAAGCUGAAAACUGCGACCAAUUACACCGUGGCAGUAUAUGCAGUUAUUAAUAAUCUGACAAGCCCAGAAAAGUCGAGCUCCAUUUUUACCUUGCCGUCGCAACCUACUGAGGCAAAGGUCCUCAGCAGGACUAGUAACUCCCUCACCUUUGUGUGGAAAGCCCCAGUAAACUCAUCAGCAACUGACUACAACUGCACCCUCAACUCUACAUUUUGGAACAUAUUUCAAACUCAAAAUGUCAAUAAUACUAGCUGCUGUUUUACGAACUUGUUUUCAGGAAGCAACUACAGCUUUCAGGUGUACACCGUGAGCGAGGGCAGGACUAGUGAACCAACAGGGUGCUUAGGUGAAACAGUUGAAGACAAAGUCGAAAUCUCUCUGUCAAUGAUGUGCAUUUCAAAACAGUCUCUCUAUUGUGAUGAAACGAAAGUAAGGGAAAAUUUAUUUAAAGAGCUGAAAGACUAUAUCAAGGAUGAACUAAAUGGAAAUGUUGUUUAUGAGGUCCAAGGGGAUACUUUUCAAAGAACAUGAGUUACAGAGAUGUUUUGGAAGUUUUAAAAUUGUAUUUUUGAAACUUUGAUGUAUAAUCAUGGUAAGAUAAUAUUUAGUUAAAAGCUUUAAAAUAUGGAGGCAUCUUCAAAUUAGGGAAAUGCCAACUCAGAGCACAUUACUCUGCGUCACUGUUAUAUGGAAAAAAAAAAAAACGGACCAUUACACUUUCAGUUUCCACUGCUAUAAAAGCUGAUGAGGCAUUCAGGUUCAUGUUAACAGAAAUCUGUAGAGGAAACAUCAGUUUAUUGCUGCCCAUCAAGCUAGGACAGGUCUUAAUGCCUUUUCCAAACAAACUGAGAUCCUUUUUACAAUAAGGAACAUUAUUUAUAGGCUACUUUAUUCUGAGGAAUAUGAAGAACCCAUUUUAACUUUGAUCUUUAGAUGUUUCCUUAGCUUUACUUCAAUUUAUCACAAAAAACCUUGCAAGACAAGCCGUUCCAGUACAGAAAUAUAUAAUCGGUCCUAUUAUGUAGACCGGUCCAAAUUCAGCUGCAUACAUUUCAAUUCCAUCCUAAUUAUUAAACAGUUGUCUAAAAAAACAAUUAGUUUCAAUGAGAAGUCUAUAUACACUCAUCAUGUGCAUCAGGCUUAUUUUACUUUGGAUUUCAGUGAUUUAUUAAAAAAUCUUGAUCCAGUUUUUUCUACCAUCUGGAGAAAUGUUUUAUGGACAAACUUUAAAACACUGUGCCAGCUAUCAAGCAUGGUAGUGGCAGUAUCAUGUUUUGGGGCUGUUUUGCUGCCAGUGGUGCUGAUGCAUUGCACAAAGUGGGUGAAUUAUUCAAAGGAACGUGAGUUUUGCUCCAAUAAGAAAAUGGUACCAGUCACAUAUCACACUGCCUUUGUAAUAGUGAAGGCAGGCUGAUCUGAGGCUUCUGGAAUAGCUUUAGGUUGUCACUUAAAUUAAAAACCCUCCACCAAUUCUGAUUAAAAAAAAAAAGUGGCCCUAACAUCUGUCCAGAAUUAUGCUGGAAGGUUUUUUUUUAUUUUGUUUUUACUGUUACUAACAUUUGUGGUCAAGGUGCUUCUUGCUUGUUGGCAAUAAAUCAAGCAUAAGUGGGUGAACCUGAAUUUAUCUGAGCUUGAAUGUAUAAUUUUGGCCCUUUGUGGAUAGUAAAAAAAUCCACAAUAAACUCAGCGAUUUCCUGUUUCACUUCAUUACGACUGGAUACAAAUUCCUCCCUGACAAAGCAAGAGUUCAAAUAAAUAUUGAAAUAUUGCUUUGCUGAAAUAUUAACACCUUGACUAGUUUUUAGUGUGUCCUUAAACCCUAAGUGAUGCCAGGGAGUGUACUUUGGUACAUUUAUCUUUUGAUUUUCAUCCUUUUUGAAUGUAUUGAAUAAAUUAGCUCAAAUUUGACAUACAUAUAAAUUUCUAGAGUUGGAGUCUCAGUUCAUUAAAUUGAUUUAAAAUGGCUAAGAUACUUUCUUCCUCAAGAAAGAAGAUGUCGCACUGCAAACAUUCAAAAUGCCAAUUUAGAUAUCACCUUCAUCUUGACAUAAACUAAUGCAUUCCUUUGUCACAAUUUCAUUAAUAGCUAGCAAUUGUUUAUUUUUGUCCACUAGACGGCGCUAUUAAUUCGAUAAAAUAAGUGACGCCUUUUAAAGGGUUAAAAUCUUUGUUAGGAUGAAGUAGGUUUAAAAUAGAGAGGAUAUCUGUCUGUCUGUCUGUCUGUCUACCUGAAAAUACUCUAACAAAAUGUCUUAACUUUAAUGAAACAUUCUAUAUAUUACUUGAAAUGUGAAAUGAUUUAAAACAGUGGAGUUAAUUAAACAUAUGAGCCUUUAAAGGGUUUAAUUAGCAGAAAAUACAAUCAAAAUAUGAUUGAUAGCUCAGGCUGAAGUAGAUUAAAAUGACAUGUUGAAAGUGGAAAAAAGGGUAAAAAGUACAUUUUCUGAAAAGGGAUGUUUUUAUUGAACAGAAAAUGUUUCAUCAAAGACCUAACAGGACAUAAGAUGUAUUGUCUUCAGCUUUUAGUAUUAAUAGAGGAAAGUGUGAUAUGUUGUCAUCUAUCUUUGCAUUUACCAUAUAAAUAGACCUUAAAUGGACUCAGAUCCUGGUACACAAGCUUUCUACUUUUAUUUUUCUGGUUUUCCCAAAAUAUUAAAUAAUUUCUUCCUUUUGAUGAGUCACAAACAUGUUAAUGUUAUUAAAGAUAAAAAUAAACUCUGAUUAAUUGUUCUUUUGCUGUCAACAUGGUGGUAACCGGUGUAAAAAUUGUUUACUGUAUAUAACUGUGCAUUUAUCAUAUCUUAAUCUAUUAUUUAAGUUCUGCAUGUCAGUAUAAAACAUGACAAAAAUCCUUAGUGAUUUUGGUUACUUUUAGUUUUAUAGUUUCUGCUUAACCUAAAAUGGGUCGUUAACAUCUGACUUGGUGUGAAGAAGAAUGGCUGAAAUGUGAAAAUGAGAGGACAAGAUUUCCGAGUCAAAAUGUUGCUUUACUGACAUUUCUGACACUGUUAUGCUGUACAUUCAUGGUGCAUUUGUGUGAAAAUACAAAAUGAUGGUAUGAUUGUAUUUCUGUUGCUUUUGUAGAUUACAUCUGCUUAGUUUGACAUUACUGUUGCGAUGAUCCAUUAGAUUUGUUUUUCCACAAUUAAAUCCGAUUAUCUUGGA